AUGCAACAAAAGAAAAAUCAUUCCCUCGUAUCCACAUUACGCUUCAUUCCAAAAAAAAAUGGAUUGCGCCCCAUAGCAAAAAUAUAUUCUUCUUUGGAGUUGCAGCCGAGGAAGGAAACUGUGCAGAAGAAGAUACAUCAUUUCAUCAGUCAAGUUAAAAAUCUUUUUAGUGUUCUUAACUUUGAGAGAAGUAAGUCUCCUGAAAUCAUAGGCUCUUCUGUGUUUGGUUUGGAUGAAAUAUACAAGAAGUGGAAGAAAUUUGUUAUUGGGAUCCAAGCAUCAAAUGAAGAAAGGGUAAAAUUUUAUUUUGUAAAGACAGAUGUGAAAGGAGCCUAUGAAACGAUUCCC